ACUAAAAAUAAAAGUAAAUCUGUGCUAAGACUAAGAUCGUGGAAUUUAUUUGGGUCCCUUGUCCUGUGGAAAUCUCAGAUUGACUGUGCAGCUAAGUCGAUUCUUUCCUUGUCUUUUGAAGAAUUAUCAUGGACACAUCAUCUCAAGAACAUGAAGAAGGCUGGACUGCUGCGGCUGUCAACUUGCCAACUGAGGAAGCAAUAUUUGACAACAAGACAAUAAAGGAUGGAGGAAAGAGGAAAAUGGAGGAGAGGACGACAAAAGACGAGCCACAACUGAAAAGACGAGUCUCGUUAGACUCAGGUUUCUACCGAUUGCAGAGUUUUUCUGCCGAGAGGAAAGGAGAACGUGAAGACAUGCAGGAUGCAUGCACUCUGCUGGACGACUGCACAGACAGCAUCACUACACUACCACCCACUGUGUCUAGGAUAGCUUACUUUGCGGUGUUUGACGGGCACAGUGGAGCCAGGGCUUCCCGGCACGCCGCCCAGGCCCUGCACGGCAAUCUCUUCAGCAAGUUCCCCAAGACGGAGACGGGCCACAGUGACAAGGAGAUCAAACGCUGCCUGAUCGACACCUUCAAGCUGACGGACGAGGCCUUCCUGAAACAGGCCUCUGCACAGAAACCGGUUUGGAAGGACGGUUCCACAGCGGUCUGCGUGGUAGCUGUCAAUAACGUCUUGUACAUUGCCAACCUGGGUGACAGUAAGGCGAUGCUGUGUAGAUUCAACGAGCAGACUCAGAAGCUGUCGUUGAUCCCGUUGAGCAAGGAACACAACCCCACCAUGUACGAGGAGAGGAUGAGGAUACAGAAGGCUGGGGGCACUGUCCAAGAUGGGCGUGUGCAGGGCAUCCUGGAGGUCUCACGCUCCAUCGGCGACGGUCGUUUCAAGCAUUGCGGCGUCUCCUGCGUGCCGGACAUCAAGAAGUGUCAGCUGACCGAUAGCGACCGCUACCUCCUCCUGGCCUGCGACGGGCUGUGGAAGGGGUUCAAUGCCGAGACCGCGCUGCAGUUCAUUCAGAAAAUCCUCCAGGACAAAACAAUCAAGUCAUUACCCGGAAAGACCCUGGACGAGACCAGAUUUGACUUGGCCUGCAACAAGCUGGCCUCGGAGGCCAUUCGGAGAGGCAGCUCAGAUAACGUCACUGUAGUCUUAGUCAGCAUCUCCAAGACAUAGCAAAUGGUUGGGGGUAAUUCAGCAAGGUACCGGACUAUUUAAACAGAGCCCAGCUUUCUAAUUAGAGCAGUCUGGAUAUCGGACAGCCCUUACAUUUCGCAUUUGGGU